AUGGACGGUGCCAUUUACCUGGGGAUAGCACGUGGGCAACAACACGUGGAAGGGCAACACAUGGAAAACACGUGGAAGAUAACACAUGAGACUCACAGAGACUCACAGCCCUGGCUCCCAGCGACUCACAGUCAGAGACUCACAGAGACUCACAGUCAGAGACUCACAGCCCUGGCUCCCAGCGACUCAGUCAGAGACUCGCAGAGACUCACAGUCAGAGACUCACAGAGACUCACAGCCCUGGCUCCCAGCGACUCAGUCAGAGACUCAGAGACUCACAGCCCUGGCUCCCAGCGACUCACAGUCAGAGACUCACAGAGACUCACAGUCAGAGACUCACAGCCCUGGCUCCCAGCGACUCAGUCAGAUACUCACAGAGACUCACAGUCAGAGACUCACAGCCCUGGCUCCCAGCGACUCAGAGACUCACAGAGACUCACAGAGACUCGCAGUCAGAGACUCACAGAGACUCACAGUCAGAGACUCACAGCCCUGGCUCCCAACGACCCACAGCCAGAGACUCGCAGAGACUCACAGUCAGAGACUCACAGCCCUGGCUCCCAGCGACUCAGUCAGAGACUCACAGAGACUCACAGCCCUGGCUCCCAGCGACUCAGUCAGAGACUCACAGAGACUCACAGCCCUGGCUCCCAGCGACUCACAGUCAGAGACUCACAGAGACUCACAGUCAGAGACUCACAGCCCUGGCUCCCAGCGACUCAGUCAGAUACUCACAGAGACUCACAGUCAGAGACUCACAGCCCUGGCUCCCAGCAACUCAGAGACUCACAGAGACUCACAGAGACUCGCAGUCAGAGACUCACAGAGACUCACAGUCAGAGACUCACAGCCCUGGCUCCCAACGACCCACAGCCAGAGACUCGCAGAGACUCACAGUCAGAGACUCACAGAGACUCACAGCCCUGGCUCCCAGCGACUCAGAGACUCACAGAGACUCACAGCCCUGGCUCCCAGCGACUCAGUCAGAGACUCACAGAGACUCACAGCCCUGGCUCCCAACGACUCACAGUCAGAGACUCGCUCACGGGGCAUGGCAGAGCGAUGGUUUAGCGACAAUGAAGCGAGUGGAGUGAGGAGGGCCAGACACACAGUCCGCUGCCUUGUGACCGUGGUGUUUAUGAUGAUAGUAACGACGACGAUGAUGAUGAUGACGAUAAUCGCGAUGACUGUGACGAGGGUGACGACAGCAGAUGACGACGACAGCAGAUGACGACGACGAUGGUGCUGAUGGUGUUGGUGAUGGUAACGUUGAUUAUGAUGAUGACGACAAUAAUAGCGAUUAAUGUAUGUUGAACUUCAUUUGCACUGUACGUCGCCAACCGUGGCAGACAGAGGUGCAGU